GCUGGUGGCGCUCGAUUGAGAGAAUGAUAGAAGUCGGUGGAGGCCAAGCCACGUGGGAUUAGUUCAAGGAGCGGUUUUAUGAGAACUACUUGUCUGCUCAUGUGAGGUAUAACAAGCAGGCUGAGUUCAUGAACUUGAAGUAGGGAGCCAUGACAGUGGAAGAGUAUGAAGAGGAGAUUGAUAAGUUGUCUUGUUUUACCCUUGACCUGGUGUCUACUGAGGCAAAGAGGGUUGAAAUGUUUGUGCAAGGACUCUGAGACGGGGUGCGAGGCAUCGUGCAAGCCUUGGAGCCUCCCACCUACGCCGCAACCUUCUGAGCGGCAGCAUGCGUGAGUUGUCCUUUAGGGAUAGAUUUCCUAAAGUCCCUGACGGAGGAACCGGACCCCGGCUAGAAGAGGAAGGUUGAGCAGAAAGCUCCGGGACCUUCGUAGAAGGUCCCGAGUACAAGCAGGUCAGUAGGGCAUGCUCAACGACAGGCUACGACUUCAGGAGGAGUUUGGAGGGAAAGGCUGGUAUGCAAGUCUUGUGGGAAACGUCAUUGGGGAUGCUGUCUGAUUGGCACGGGGACAUGCUUCAGAUGUAAGCAGAUAGGGCAUACGGCAGAUCAAUGCCCUAGUAGUGGUUCUGGAAGUGCGGGGGGUCAGCCCCCGAGUUCGCAUCAGGGUAGUUCAAACCACAGCAGCAGUAGGGUCGAGUAUAUGCCACCAGUCGUCGGGAAGCUGAGCACUCGGGAACAGUGGUGACAGGGCUGGAAAUUGUGAAAGGCUAAACAGAGACGGAGGAAGGGCUUUGCCCGUGGUGGGUCUUUGGUUACAGUGGCUGAAAAGCGGCGGUAAAGUCAUUGGGUGUGAUUCAAUUCACUGUAUUGUAUUGGUGACUUGAUGCUCUUAUAAGCAGCAGUAAGGACAAACCCAUAGUGCCUCCGCUCCCUCGCCGGUUGUCUCCCCCAGUUGUUGUCGCUCCGUUGGCCGCAGCUGUUUAAUCAUUGACUUGGAAGUUUUCUCUGGAGUAAUUUUGCGGAAGAUUUCUAUGGAAGAGGCUAAAGAAAUUUCGAAGAGUAACAGAAUUGAAGAUAUCAGCUGGCUUUGUUCACUAUCUGAAUCAGAACUUGAUAUGUUGAUUAGCAUUAAAAUGCUAGUUCUUCAACGUGCAAAAGUAAUUGGUCAUGAAGAUUUAGCUAAGAAAUUUGAUUUGAAGACAAUACGUGCGAUUGGGUUUGUUUUGAUGGAACAUCUUAAAGGAGAACUUAAGGCGUCAGAUGUUCCAGAUCUGUCUCAAUCUGCUGCCUUAAAUGGGUGCAACUUAUUAGACAGCAAUCUUGAGAAAAUCUUGUCAAUUGAUGAGAUAAUGGCAAGUAUCUGUUCAGACAGAAGGAAGAAACCUGGAAAAAGGCCGCGGGAAAAGGUUGAUUCCAGACAGAAGACGAACGACAAGUUGUGAAUCAGAAAAUACUAGAAGUUGAACAGAUUCAUGGAGGUUGUCUUGGCCGACAUGUCGGCAAAAUGCAGCUUUCCCACGUUGCAAGACUUGGCCGCAUUCGUUAUAGUAGCCAUGGUCGUUGCAAACAUUUUUGUUAGUUUUUGUUGUUGUUAAGGGAUCUGUAAUCAUCUUCCACAGUAGUUUCUAGAUAUAAUUUUUUUGACAAUAUAUGGGAUGGAGGAAUUCAACCUCUAAUCUCGAGGUUAGUAAUACAAGGUCUAUGACAGUAGAGCUAUCCUAUAGCGUUAGGUUUCACUAUAGUUUUAUCGUAAUUUUUUUGUGGAUAGUGUAGGAAGUGAAAGGAACCAUUAUCAAUAAAGCUGAGAUAUUAAUGGUUGGAGCUAUA